AUGUCGCUAAAGUUUGUUUUAUAUUCGUUGUUCAUUCUAUCUACGACGCUGCUGCGCUCACAAGCUGCGUACACAUGCGAUUCGACGACUUGUGUUCAUCCACAAUGCUUCUGUGCGUCAACUACACCUCCGGGGAAUAUACCCAUUGACCAAGUACCGCAGUUUUUCGUUAUUAGUUUCGAUGAUGCUAUGCAACAGCAAACAAUGCAAAUCGUCAACACUCUUAUAAAGGGAAAGAAGAACCCUAAUGGCUGCCCGAUUACCGCGACGUAUUUCCUCCAAACUGAUUAUACAGAUUUUGGACUUGUUACAGAUUGGUAUGCCGCUGAACAUGAGAUUGCCGAUCAUACAAUGACGCAUCCAAAUCUGCCAGGAGAAGCCGAAAUAACCGGUAACAUACUCGCGCUCCAUUCUCUUUCCGGCAUUCCGAAGAGCAAGAUUACCGGAUUCCGAUUUCCAUUUCGGAAUUACACCACCGCAUCGCUACAGUUACUAUCGAAACUCGGAUUCGUUUAUGACUCGACUGUGAGUGCUGGUACGGCUGAUAUGUUUUGGCCGUAUACGCUGGACAAUGGCGUGGCUAAUGAGUGUUGGUCGGGUAUUUGUGAUGCCGGAUUGAAGUUGCCAGGAAUAUUUGAAUUUCCAAUGUAUAAUAUUAUUGGCGACAACAAUGUGGCGUAUUUGAUGGAUCCGUUGUUAGGCAUUCCGGUAGAUCAAGGCAAACAAUGGCUUAUAAAUAGCUUUAACCAACAUUACAAGGGCGGUAAAGCGCCAUUUGGCCUUUACCUUCACCCCGCUCAAUUAUUAAAUCAACCAGGUCGUCCGGACCCCGGUCCACAAAUUACUGCAUAUAAUAGCUUUAUACAAUACGUUCUUUCCCAACCGAACGUUUAUGCCGUUACUUAUUCUCAGGUGCUUGCGUGGAUGAAAAAUCCUGUCCCGGUUUCCCAACUCGCGAAUCACCCCGCGUUUAAAUGCACUGUUCCAAAACUUGGCACAGAAAUAUGUAACGGCCUUGAUGACAACGGUGACGGCAAUAUUGAUGAGAGAUUAAAACAACAAUGCAGUCUACCCACAACUACAAUCACAACAUGCUACAACUGUCCAGUUGACACACCCACACCAGCCAACCCCGUUCCAAAGAGUGCAAAUCAAAACAGAUUUGAAGUGAGUACUACGUGCGAUACAAUAUACUGGGAUCCUGUUGCCGGAAAAUGUUUAUGUCAGGAUCAGUCGUGUGCGUUCACGGACUUGUCCAACGUAGGGAACAAUUCUGGGAAUAGUACUGGUGGGGGCAGUGGAGGUACUAAUAAUAGUACUAGUGGGGGUGAUGGAUCCAGCCAAGCGAACAGUUCGGCGAGUGAUGCAGAGAGAAUGGGAAUCAUAUCUCGGAUAACAAUUGGUGGAAUUAUAGGAACCAUCACUUUCUUGGUUCUUGGAGUGUUGGUGUAG